AUGGGCGACUCCGACGACUCCCCAGUCUUUCGACGCCGGCGGAGGCUACGACCCUGUCGCGAGCCCGAGCCUGUGGCGGCUUCGCUAGAGGAGGGCGUCGCCAGCAACCCCCCAGUGGCGGAUCCAUCAGUGGAAGUGGACGUGACUCCUCCUCCUCCACAGCUGCCCCGGCGACUAAAGCGGUUGAGACGGCUGAACGAGGAGGCUGAGGAGGUGCCCGAAGACUGCAAGCAGCCGCCUGCGAAGCUUGAGUGUGAGCAGAAAGAGCCCUGCGCAGAGCCGGCGGAGGCUGCACCGGGCCCCCGGCGCAGCCAGCGCCUUCGGGACCGGGCGAUGCGGGCGCGUGCCAGCGAGCCGGAGCGAACCGAAAUGCCAGCUGCCGAAGCCUCUCCAGAGAGGCCAAAGAGCAGGCAAACUCGUCAGAGCCGCUUCGACGACGAGGAGUCCGAUGGGGAAGACGCGCAAGAGUUCGCUCAGUGCCUUCGAGGCUCUGAAUCUGGAGGCAGCACCCGGGCGGCUCGAUCACUUGGCAGCGACGAGGAUCCCGAGGUGUCCGCCUGGCGUGAUGACCUCGCCGGGAGAUGGGCGGACAAGAGGCCGAGUGCUGCCUUUAGUCUUGCCUUCCUCGACGGCACGAAGAUCCGAGCACUGCCUUCCAAAUGCCGGUUGGCGGGAUUUCCUAUUUUCGAUACGGCUGGCAAGGUGAACUUGCCUCUGCUUCUUGGGGCUCACAAGCAGCUUCUGGCACAAGGCUCUUCGAGCUCUGAGGCACGGCAGGUUGGCUGGCUGGCACGACAAGCUCUGGCCUUGGAAUUGAUCGACGAUUCGCAGUUAAAGCGUGGCCGCUUAGUGGUGCUGGGCACAGGUCCGGCCAGGAAGAAGGCCAAGUUGACGACGCUGGUGCCUUUGCAAGAGAUCAAAUGGCCACAGAAAAAGAAGGCAAAGAAGGCGCCCCGAACAAAGCCUGACGGCGCGCUCUUCAGCGAGGACGAGGAUUCGGAAGACUCCGAGCUUCAGCGGGCCAUCGAACAGGAGGAGAUGCUUCAGAAACUCCGAGAGCAGCUUCGCGAAUCAGUGAAGAAGUCAGAAGCGCGGCGCUUGCAAGCCUCUGCUGCGUCGGUAGACAUCAAGAAAGUCAAGGAGGCGGCGUUGGCGCCCCGCCUCUCCUUCGACCUCUAUGCCCCGGAGGAGGACAAUCCCGAUGCCGAUGUCUUGGAAGUUCUGCCACCCGAAGGGGUAUGCCGGGCAAGCCUGCUACGGGAGGAAGUUCAGAGGCAGAUCUUUGCAGCCGCGGCUAAAGGACUGGUGACCGAGGAUGCCAACAAGGAGCCUGCAGCUGCACCGGAAGCAGAGGGCACAGAAGGAGCUGCCGAGGAGGCGUCUGUACCCCAUGCAGCAGGGGCAGAGGCUACGCCGCAGGCAGAGCUCCCAUCAUCCGAAGCAUCUGAGUCUCUCCCUGCAGAGCAGAAGUCCUGUGCCAAGGCAAGCAAGCCGCAAAGACUCGCGCCAGAGGCAAGUCUCCCGCGUUCCGACGGCGCACCGAAGCAAUCUUCACCGACCAAGGGCCGAGGAUUGGUGCCAGAGGAGAGUCGGGGCAGCGUCAGCAGCCGCAGCGUGACCUCUUCCUUCUUCCGCCCAGACAGCGAGGAAGAGGACCCACCCGAGGAGGAGGAAGAUGACGAGGAGAGUCUGUCAGAAGCCAGCACCCUCGAGGACAUGGUGAACAUGGAUCCGAAGCCGCGCCGGCGUCCGACGAAG